UUUUUUCCAAUUCUUAAACAUUGCUGUUGUUGGUGUGUGCAUGUUUGAAUUUUUUUUUUUAGUUAACACGCGUUUCUAGCCGUGUUUCUCAUCAUGUUCAUAAAGUGAUGAAAUGUUUCUUUUAAUUUUGUUUUUUUUCAGCAUUUUUCUUCAGUAUACAAACACAAUCUAUUGAUCUCAUUUAGGAAUCAUUUUUCCAAAAAAUCUUUCUAUUCAUCCAUCAUCCGUCAAUCAUUUUGAAAAAAAACGAUGCCAUUCAAUCGUCGUGUACCGUUUUUUAAUGCAAAUAAAAGUCAACAAACAUUCGAUACAUUAAGACAAAUAGAAUUGACUAAACUUCGAUCAAAUUCACAGAAACCAUGUGGCCAUAAUCAUCAUCAUCAACCAAAUGGUAUUGAAAUUGCAACCGAUGAAUUAGAAGAUUUACAAGCAGAAAAAUUAUUCCAUACAAUAUGUGUGGGUAAUUUAUCAAGUGAAUUUCUAAUUCCAUGUGCUAAAAAUGCCAAUUGGGUACGUUUAGAAGAAUCUAUUAUAAAUUUAUUUAAAAAUUCUGGCCAAUUAAUUGAUGGACAAUUGAAACAAACACAUGAAGAUAUUACGGCACUUUUGAAUUCAAAUUUCGGUAUUUUUGUCUUUGAUCGUCUUAAGAGUCAAGUGCUACCGAAAGCCGUACGUUUACUUAAAUCAAAGAUCGAUCAUGAUUUUGAUGAUGAUGGAUGUGACAGUGAUGGUGAUGGAAAAAAUUAUUUGAAUACAUUAGGAUCAGUAUGGAAAACUUUCUACCAUGACAUACUUUCAACAUUGGAAUGUAUGCUUUUCAGUAUCGAGUCAUUCAAUAAUGUUUCAAUACGUAAAACAACUUUGGUAAUAUUUCGUGAUAAAAUUCUCAUUGAUAGUCUACUUGAAGAUAAACUUAAAGAAUUAAUCGAACAAAAUAAAUUAAUACCAGCCAAUAUUAUACAGAUGAUACUAGUCGUACAAAGUGUUCAUGAACGUUAUCCACCAAGUGAAAAUAGAUUAAAAUUUGAAAAAAUAACAGCAUUAGCUAUAACACCAUAUGUUGGUUAUUAUGGUACAUAUGAAAAUCAUAAUCAAACACCAAUAAUACGUUCAAAUGAACCGGAUAAUUUUGGCAGAAAUCCAUUCGAAAUGUUGAAUAGAAAAAAUAAUAAUACAAUUUAUGGCCAUACAAAUACAAUCAAUAAUAAUCAACAUCAUUCAAUUAUGAUGAAUAAUAGAAUUCAAAAUAAUAAUAAUCGAACAUCGGAAAUAAAGAAUAAAAAUAAUCGUUCAAGAAAAAUAUCAUUACCUCAUUUUGGUACGAAUACGACAAAUAAUAAUAAUAAUAAAAAUCCAAACUAUAUAAUCGGCCGAAUUAAUGAAUAACUUAAAAAGAAACUUUUACCACCGAAUCUCAAA